AUGCGACCGAUCUUUUCGGCCUUCCAACGGACGGCCCCUCGAGCAUGGCAACAUCCGAUCUCCUCAUCCGCUCGGAGUCCGCGCACAACACUCAAGCUCGAUUCAAUCUGCGCCAGAUGCCGUCGCCAACAAAUCCAAGUUCGCUUCUUCAACGGACAGCAAAUGGGCGAUGAUCAGCGCUGGCUGUCUGUCGUUGACCACCCCGCAAGGAUUGUGCGGACCGGCCGCAAACACGGGCCUGGCUUGAUCAUUCUCGCAUUGAUCCCUAUCAUUUCCUUCGCACUCGGAACGUGGCAGAUCCAACGCCUGGAUUGGAAAACGAAGUUAAUGGCGAAAUUCGAAGACCGGCUGGUUAAGGAUCCGUUGCCGUUACCUCCGCGCGUUGACCCGAGCGUCAUUUCCGAGUUCGAUUAUCGCCGUGUCUAUGCUACCGGUCGGUUGCGACAUGACCAGGAGAUGUUGAUCGGGCCCCGAAUGCGUGAGGGACAAGACGGUUUCAUCGUUAUCACGCCACUUGAGCGGGGCGAGGGAGAGAGUACGGUCUUGAUAAAUAGAGGGUGGAUCUCGAAGAAGAUGAUGAACCAGAAGGAUAGGAAUCAAGAGGCGUUACCCACAGGAGAAGUUACGGUGGAAGGGUUAAUACGGGAGCCUUGGAAGAAGAACAUGUUUACGCCUCAUAAUCAGCCGGAGAAGGGGAAAUUCUACUUCCCGGAUGUUGAACAGAUGGCUGAACUGACCGGCAGUCAGCCGGUAUGGAUUGAACAAACACAGGUCCAGGACCUGCUUGACGCAAUGGACCGGGAAGCCAAGGGUACCCCCAUUGGUCGUGCUGCUGAAGUCAAUUUAAGGAACAAUCACAGCCAGUACAUCUUCACAUGGUAUGUCCCACACGAAUCUCCCCAAGAUCCUCCUGUUUUCGUGAUUCGUUGCUCAUAUGAAUAG